AAACAAUCAAUCGCAAUACAGUUUCAUUUAGAGAACGUAAUAUGGCACCUGUAUCAUAUUUUUUGUGUAAAUUUUCAAUUUUGCUGUUACUCGCUGGUGUUGUAAAAUCAGCCGUAGUAAAUAGUUAUUUGAAUCCAUUAACUGAGCCAUGCUAUGGAGCUGGAAAUAGUAAAGUACGAGCUAUAACAGUUGAUAGUUUGCUAAGUGAUUGCGGAGAUUAUGUUCUGUGUGUUAAUGACAUAACGGAUCAAAAGGAAACGUGUCCAUUUGAUAAUCCAUAUUUUGAUGCUGAAUCGGGUGAAUGUGUUGAUCAUAGUGAUGUCUGCUUCAAAUGUCCCGGAACAUAUGAAUUGAUCUCGGUGCCAAAUGCAUGCCAACAAUUCAUUCUAUGUUUCAACGGCAAACCAUUGUUAUCAGCCUGCCAAGGUAAUUUAGUCUUUGACGGUCGUCCUGGAAUACAUCAGUGCAAUUAUGGACCCAGUGAAUUACCUACUGAAUGCUUCAGAGAAGAUAAGGACGAUUUUGAAAGUAAACCUUGUCCCAAUGCGGCUGGCAAAGAACCCUUAUUUGAGGCGUUUGAUAAUAAACCAGGGGUCUACUAUGUAUGCUAUGGAGACUCUAAGCCUUUGCGUCUCACAUGCCCAAUCGGAUUAAAAUUCAACAAAGACUUGGGUGCUUGUGACAUUGAAACACAUAAAACCGAUUCGUUUCACAAUUAAAUAUAUUUAGCGAAAUGUUUAAAAUAAAAAACAAAUUCAUAUAUAGAAAUCGAGGUCAGUUGACUGAAUGGAUUUUGGUUAUGUGUUCCUGUAUUGAAAUUUACUUGACUGGUUUCAUUUGCCAAAGUCCAUCGUUCAAGUAAUGACAGUUCUCGACGCCAACGCCUUUGUUUAUUUUUGCUCUGUAAAAUCAAAGAAAUAAAUAAUAAAUUAUAGAUUGACGAUUUUAAACUGAA